GGCUCCCAAGUGCGCGGGCACGGGGCGAGUCGUGGACGUCCUUGCAGCCGUUGAGUAAGAUCUGCCUGCGGACAAAGGACCCCGGUGGGCACCCUGCGGCCCGGGGCCAGCGAAGGCGCCUCCGUCCGGAGGAUGCAGGAGCGGGGGAAUGGCCCGGGCGAGGGCCAGGCGGCGUCCGCGGCCGGCCGGGUAACGACACUCGCGCGCGGGCGCCCUCGCCCGGCGUUCCGGCGAGCACGCCGAAGCUGGGGCCGGGGAGAACCGGGGAGGAGGAGGAGCCGUCAGGCCCCGCCGCCGCCCGGGCCCCGCGCCCCGCGGGCCGGGAAAAGCGAAAGGGCGUCAGGGCCUCCCGCGCGCCGCUCCAGGAAGUCGCGAGCAGGAAGCGCCGGCGGGGCCGCGCCGGCUGCGGUGCGGGGCCUCGGCUGCGCAGAGUGCGGAGCCGGUGCCCACAUUGCAGCCCUGUCACCCUGUGCGGAAGUGCAGGGCCCUCGGGAAGAACCCGGCGCGGGACCCGGAGCCUGUUCGAGAUCUUCAGGCCCCGGUCGGUGGCAGCGUAGAUGGCUCGACUCCCCGCCGGCAUCCGCUUCAUCGCCUCCUUCUCCAGGGACCAGUGGUACAGAGCCUUCAUCUUCACCUUGACGUUUGUGCUGUACGCCAGCUUCCACUUAUCUCGCAAGCCCAUCAGCAUCGUGAAGGGCGAGCUGCACAGGUACUGCGCCGUCUGGGAUGCGGCCGACGGCAGAUCCAGCGGCGAGAGCAAAGCGGGGUACAGCCCCCCUCACCAGCCCCCAGACAACCAGACUGACUGCGGCUGGGCGCCGUUCGAUAAGAGCAACUACCAGCAGCUGCUUGGGGCCCUGGACUACUCCUUCCUGUGUGCCUACGCCGUGGGCAUGUACCUGAGUGGCAUCAUCGGGGAGCGCCUGCCGAUUAGGUAUUACCUGACUUUCGGCAUGCUUGCCAGCGGCGCCUGCACCGCCCUGUUUGGGUUGGGCUAUUUCUACGACGUGCACAGCCUGGGGUUCUACGUGGUAACCCAGGUCGUCAACGGGCUGGUGCAGACCACCGGCUGGCCCAGCGUCGUCACGUGCCUUGGCAACUGGUUUGGAAAAGGAAGGCGAGGCCUGAUCAUGGGCGUCUGGAACUCCCACACAUCCGUGGGCAACAUCCUGGGGUCCUUGAUCGCCGGCUACUGGGUGUCCACCUGCUGGGGCCUGUCCUUCGUCGUGCCGGGGGCCAUCGUGGCGGCCAUGGGGAUAGUGUGCUUUCUCUUCCUCAUCGAACAUCCCAAGGACAUCCGGUGCUCCUCGGCCCUCCCGGCGCAUUCCAGAGGCGUUGAGAAUGGCACCAGCAGAUUCAGGCUCCAGAAGCAAAGCUUGAACCACGAGAAGAACAGGCCCCUGGACCCAGAGAUGCAGUGCCUGCUGCUGUCGGAUGGCAAGAGCUCCGCGCACGCCAGCCACAUGGUCGUUCUGCCCGGGGACAGCGGGAGCGGCGUGGCCGCCAUCAGCUUCCUGGGGGCCCUGAGGAUUCCAGGCGUGAUCGAGUUUUCUCUGUGUCUGCUGUUCGCCAAGCUGGUCAGCUACACCUUUCUCUUCUGGCUGCCGCUGUACAUCACCAGUGUGGAUCACCUGGAUGCCAAGAGAGCCGGCGAGCUGUCCACCCUGUUUGACGUGGGCGGGAUCUUCGGUGGGAUCCUGGCAGGCGUGAUCUCCGACCGCCUAGAGAAGAGGGCCUCCACCUGCGGCCUCAUGCUGCUGCUGGCCGCGCCCACGCUGUAUGUGUUCUCCACCGUCAGCAGGAUGGGUCUGGAAGCCACUGUGGCCAUGCUGCUGCUGAGCGGAGCCCUGGUCAGCGGGCCCUACGCGCUCAUCACCACCGCCGUCUCUGCCGACCUGGGCACUCACAAGAGCCUGAAGGGGAACUCGCACGCCCUGUCCACCGUGACCGCCAUCAUCGACGGGACCGGCUCUGUAGGAGCGGCGCUGGGCCCUCUGCUGGCUGGGCUGCUCUCCCCGUCCGGAUGGAGCAACGUGUUCUACAUGCUGAUGCUGGCCGACGCCUGUGCCUUACUG